GUUCCAGGUCUAAAGUCAACAAACAGCCACAGUCUUAAGAUGAAGGACCCUAUCAGCACCUGCUCUUAUAACCAACUCUAUCAAAAUGUGAAACGAUUUUCAAAAAUGGGGGAGUGUUUCUGCAAAGAACUCAUGACAGUGUUUCAGCAAAGAGCUGAGUUGGAGUUUACUUAUGCUAAAGGGCUGCAAAAAUUUGCUGGCAAACUCAUCAGAGCCUCCAAAGGGAUGUCAAACAAUUCCACCUACGGCGCCUGGUGUCAUGUGUCAGAUGAGAUGUACUCAAGAGCAGAUGCACACAGAUCUUUAGGAAAUGCAUUUCAACAAGAAGCAAAUGUGGAAAUACGGCAGGUCUUAGAGGAACAUAAUAAGAGAAAGAGGCCUCUUGACAGUGCCAUUGAACGAACUGGAAAACUUGUUACUGCUAACUGGAGUGAGCAACUCAAGAUAAAAAAGAAACUGGUUGGACUAACAAGAGAGCAUGAAGCUUUGUUCAACUUUGUCGAGAACAACAAACACAUCUGCACAGAAAAGGAAAAACAAAAGAUGGUUAACAGGCUGAGUAAGUCAGCAGACAUGCAGGCUCGGGUAGAUGAGGAGUACUUUAAUAUCAACCUGGAGGGUCAUCAGAUGAGGCUCAAGUGGGAAAACACACUGAAAAACUGCUACCAGAUCAUACAGGAGCUGGAAAAACAGCGAAUUGAAGUUCUGUGCAACAUUUUGAACAAAUACAACCUCCACAUGUCCAGUUUUGGCCAGACCCUCAAACACGGCCAAAGGCAGAUAGAACAGUCAGUCCAUAGGGUGGACAUGGAUAAAGACAUUCAAGUCCUGGUGGAAGAAAACAACAUCACAGCUGAAGAUAACAAAGUUGUGUUUUUGCUGACUGAUUACUUUGAGGAGGACAACAAAUCACUGAUGGGCAAAGAUCGAAGAAGAGAGGCCAUCAAACUCAAACUCCAGCGACUGGAGGACAACAUUACAAGAACAAAGAAAGCCUGUGAAGGACUUGAGAAACUGAUGAGGGUGUACUCUGAUAACUCAUCACUUUCAAACCUAAAGAACCUGGAGGAAACUGAGCAGCAGCUUGAAGAGAAUACUCUAAAACUGGAUCUUCUUGAGGCAACUCACUACAAACUCUCUGUAUCACUGUGUGAAUUAGAAGGGAAACCCAAGUCUUUAUACCGAUUCAGUGACAACAUUGUGAAAUGGAAAGAUAAGGACUGUGAGCACAGUGUUGUUCAACUGACUCGUCCAGUCAAACUCAGGAGGACACCAUUCAGGUCCAGGCAGUCGCUAAGAGCUUCCAUCAUUUACAGAGGACCAGCUCAGUUUGUGGCACAACAGUCUGCGGAGCUUCCACCCAGCGUCGCCAACAGGGUCACCCCCACAGCUUCAGCACAUGAAACAGACACUGUGGAGUGUGGUGACGCUGUUAAUGGAGCUCCGCCUCACACAGACAAUGACAAGAGACGAGGUCAAACAACAUCAGAGUUGUGUAUUGUGGGAAAAUGCAAGGCUCUAUACAAUUUCACACCUGAACGUGAUGAUGAACUGACUUUGAAAGAAGGAGACCUUCUAGACAUUUACACAAAAGAAGAGAAUGGUUGGUGGUUUGGUGAACUUAACGGGCAGACAGGUCAUUUCCCAUCAACAUAUGUGGAGGAGCUGCACAAGUUAAGCGGCAUCAACUCAUCUGAUGCUUGACUGACCUGACUCAUGAACAGCAAAAAUAUCAAUCACCAUGAAUCAAAGACAUUAUUAACUGCUGCACUGCCAAAUGAAGUAAUGGCAGUGACUGGAAGCUUCAUACAGACUGAAAUACAAAUGAAGCUUCUGGCUACAGUAUUUACUUACUAAUCACACUCAUGUCUUUAAAAUAACUAGUAAAAACAAUGGCAGGCUGUUUGAUAAAACAUGUUCAUCUACUGACAGUCAUGUUCUAUUUUUGUCACUCAU